UUGAAUGACUUCGAUAUGCACCAAACACAAGCCCUUUCACAGUUAAACAUAUUAAUAAAGUGGGGUUUCAACUAGGGUUGAUCAAUGCGUGUAUUUUGUGAGAACAUAAGCUUAUUCAAUUGUUCUCCAGAUUCUGGUAUGUCCAGGAGUCACAUCAACUCAAAUUUUGUCGGGAGCAAAAUUCAAAAUCACACUUUAUGUCACAAGGAAAUAAGCCUAGGUAUUAACAUAACUAAAGCAAUGUUUCAAGACUUCGUGGCAAACAAUUCAUUUGGAAAUCUUAAUUGGCAUAAUUUCUGCACUGUUUGAAAAUUGAAUUUUAUUUUUAUAGGGCCCUGAAGCCGCUAAUAUGUUUCAUCGGGAAAAUGUCUUACUUGGCUGGAGGGAUGGCCAUCACCAUCCGUGGGAGGCAGGCUAGCCGAAAAGAGGCCCCAAUUCUGGUGGUAGCCCCCCACUCGUCGUUUUUGGACAGUUGUAUUGUCUAUGCCACCAAAAUGUCUUCAGUCAUCGUCAGGAAGGAGAGCAUGGACAAUUACGUUGGAAAGCUGAUCAACUACACACAGCCCGUGUACGUGUGGCGGGAUGACCCUAACUCCAGGCAGAACACCAUCAAGGAAAUCAUUGAGAGGGCUACCUCCAAAGAGGACUGGCCUCAGGUCCUGAUAUUCCCUGAAGGCACAUGCACAAACCGCUCUUGCCUGAUCACGUUCAAGCCGGGUGGCUUCUACCCCGGCGUGCCCGUCCAGCCCGUCACCAUCCGCUACCCCAACGCCAGGGACACAGUCACCUGGACCUGGGAGGGGCCUGGAGCUCUGAAGCUGCUAUGGCUGACCCUGACUCAGGUGCACAGCUCCUGCGAGAUCGAGUUCCUCCCGGUGUACUACCCCAGCGAGGAGGAGAAGAGAGACCCCAAACUGUACGCCAGGAACGUGCGAGAUGUAAUGGCCAAAGCUCUUGGAGUGCCAGUCCUGGACUACACGUAUGAUGACUGCCGGCUGAUCGCGCGCGCCAAGCAGUUGGGCAUCCCCUGCGCAGCCUCGACGAGGGAGAUCAGUGAGAUUAGGGCACAGCUCGGGCUGGAGCGCUCGCAGCUGGAGCUGCAGCUGUGCGCGCGCGGGCCGGGCGCGGGCCGCUGGGUGGGCCGCGAGGAGUUCGCGCGCAGGCUCGCGCUGCCGCUGCACCACACCACGCACAGGCUCUUCGACAUCUUCAUGCAGAGGUCAAGUGGUCUGGUGUACUUCCCGGACUACCUGCUGUGCGCCGCCUUCCUGUCGCUGCAGAACGCGCCGCUCACACAGCUGCUGUCCAUUGCAUUCAAGCUGUACGACGGCAACCGCUCGGGGCGUCUGUCGGGCGCCAACUUCGAGGAGGUGGGCACGCGCUGCCUCGGGCUCAGCGCAGACGACGCCGCGCACGCCUUCGCGCACGCCGCGCCCGCGGACUCGGGACAACUCACUUACGAUGAAUUCAUCGCAUACGCUCAAAAGAAAGCGGAAUUCUCGUUCAUUUUCGCAUCGGAAGGGCAUCACAAGCCCAAGUCCCAGUGAGAGUCGCCUCACAUCCCGACCGUCUGCAGCCAAGUGCCCUAGAGAUGCAACAAUACUCAGAUUUAAGGCCGAGAUACGUAAACAUCACUUAGGUUUACAUUUAUACACAGUUCGUGUACAAAGAAACAACGAAUUCUAAGGAAUGAACUGAAAAAAAAAUGGUUUAUAUGCUCUCAUUUUUUAAACCUGUGUCUGUUUUAUGAUUUUUUAUAGAGGACAGUCGCUCUUGUGGAAGCGAGACAACGCUAUAUACAACUUUUAGCGCUAUCUAGCUUCCACAAUGGCAAUAAUCGUACUAAAAGCAGGGCGAAUCCCCGCGAAGGCAAGCGUUUGUGUGAUCCACGAAUGCUUGUCCAGGGUCUAGGUGUCCUUUGUGCGUCUGACUUAAUUGUUUGUAAAGCCGCGAUACGAAGUUUAAAUUCCUUAGUAAGAGAGUCGUUUUGCUUUAAAAAAAAGCUUUAUUGGAGAGCAUAAUAUAGGUGUGAGUUUAUAAGUGUUUUUAUUUUGAACGUUUAUAUAUCUCGGCCAAAGUCAAGGAAUUCCGAAAUUUCAUUCCGAAAAUUGUCUUCGAUCAAAAUAACGAAGUAAAAUAGUUUAAUUAUGUUCUUCCAUAGAUUGUUGUUGAUAGAGUGUUUUAUUAGUACUUGUGGUUAGUACACGGAACCUUUUGGACAAAAAUAAUAAUCAAAUGAAUUCCCUUUUAUGUAAAUAAAAUUAAAGUAUUACUAUAAAACUGUCCUUGUCUUACAAAGUAUCGUAAGCAAUAUAGUUACCGGCACGGAUCUUGAGCGCUCGGCGGAAGAGUGGGGAUCGCUUCGCGCAUCGUAAAAUAAAACGCCAAUCAAUCACAUUCACACAAAUUCUUUCUGCAGCAAAGAAAGAAUCCCUCAUGACAGCUAUGACGCGAUGCGCUGCAGGCCAAUCACUGCACUUUAUCCGCCCCGCGCCUCACUUCAUACCGCAAAAGUGACACAAAAAAUCACUUCUGGGCAGAUGAAGGUCAGCGCUCAAGAUCUGUGCCAGUAACUAUACCUAAUCUUUCACUGAUAUUGUCGUAGUAAUAACUGAGAAUACGUCACCAGUUUUCACUGUUUUUAUUAUAACGCGCGCGUCGCGAUCUCUUUCAAAGUCCAGAAAAUUCAAAUAAGAUAUGUAUUUUGUCCAAAAGAUUCAUUAUAAAUGUAAUGCGCUUCCUAUCCGUUAUAAUUAAUUUCUUGAAGAUUUUGCUUAUUGGAUAGAUAUUGUGUAUUUACUCAUCACACAGUAUUUAAUUAUAGUUUUACGAACAACAUAUUGUUUUAGGAGCUCAUUACAUAAUUGAUAUUUUGUAUAGAAUACUAGAAUACCGGUAGAGUUUUACCAUUGAGCCCUGUCGUACACGAUAUAAGUUUCCGAUAUUUGACGUCUUAAGACUCUAAAUAACGCCAUCUAGUUUCAAAUAAACUAACAACUUUUUAGUUGUAAAUAUUAUAGAUGUAUUACACCCAUACAUGGAACAAAUAAUAAAAUUGUGCUCAUCACACAAAUCAAUCCUGGGUGGGAAUUGAACCCACGACCUUCAUUGUAGCAGUCAGGACCACUGACCACUAGACCAACAGGCGAGUCAAUGCCUAUUGCAAUUUGUACCGUAGUAGACUCUCAUAUCAAAAACUGAAUCAUUCUCGUGUAUGGCAAGACUCAUUAUAAUUUCGUUGACAAUUUAUUUUUGACAUUAAUAAGAAUAUUUAAAUAUAAGUUAACAGUGAACCUAGCGUCAUAUGGUAAGUUUCAUGUUUGCUCACAUUUAUAUAAAGCUCAUUAGUAGCCAUGUGUUAUGUAGUUUGGCCUUAUAUUUCCAUUCAAAGAAGGAUGAAUUGAGGAGCAACAUCGAUAGCAUUAUAUAAUUAAUUAUAAUUUAAUAAAAAUGACGUUUAAAUUAGGGGCAACUGCGGACAACUGGCAUGUGAAUUUAGAAUAAAAAUAAUAUGAAUAUGAACUGAAAAAGUACGGGAAUUGGAAUUAAGGUCUUUUUGAAAUACAACUUUUGCCCAUCAUUAACAAAAUGACAAGGAAUCAUCUUCAAUUUAUGAGAAAUGGACUCACCAAAUAAAACUUUCACCAGUUAAUUAAUUAUUGGGGUACAUUUUUCAGAAUAGGCCACAUUCUUCUUGCGGAUUGUUUCUAUUGGCAAAAACUUGGUUUCGAAAUGGCCUAUUAUUUCCAUUUCACGUUUUAUAUCAUCAUAACUCUAAUUAUGCUUGUGGCAACGCAUAACUUUGCCGAGAAUAUUCAUCCUAGCAAGGCGUCGACCACAUCCUCUUAAAACGAGACAGCGCUAUAUAAGGUGUAGUGUUGUCUCUGUCCCACAAUUUAAGAGACGCCAAGUGUUUAGUAUAAAACUAUUUAUUUGUGAAUAACUAUAGUCUUAUGCCUUAUUCCAUAGAUUAUGUAGAGUGAACGAGUCAAUUAUUGGCGGGAAAUAUUAAAAAAAAA